UCCAGCAGCGGGGUGCUCGCGGAGGCGUGGUCGGCGCGCCAGGAUGGGGGUCACCGUGGACGUGCACGAGGUGUUCAAGUACCCCUUCGAGCAGGUGGUUGCCAGCUUCCUCCGAAAGUAUCCAAACUCCAUGGAUAAAAAUGUCAUCUCUGUAAAAACUGUGGAAGAAAAAAAAGAUGUGUCGACAGGGAUCAUCUAUAGAAAGAGGAUCGCAGUCUGUCAGAAUGUGAUUCCAGAAAUUUUAAGGAAGGUGAACAUUUUAAAGGUACCUAAUAUCCAGUUAGAAGAGGAAUCAUGGUUCAAUCCUCAGGAAAGGAACAUGGCUAUACGAAGUCACUGCCUUACGUGGACACAAUAUGCAUCCAUGAAGGAAGAGUCUGUCUUCCGGGAAAGUAUGGAAAAUCCAAAUUGGACAGAGUUCAUUCAGAAAGGCAGGAUUUCAAUCACAGGGGCUGGUUUUCUCAACUGUGUUUUGGAAACUUUUGCCAGAACAUUUUUAAGACAGGGUGCCCAGAAGGGAAUUAGAAUAAUGGAGAUGCUGUUAAAGGAACAGUGUGGUGCCCCCCUAGCCGAAUAAAGAAUCCUCAGGAAGCUACGUUGUGUCUCCUUUUGCUUGAGAAUCUUUUCUCGGACACAACACAUCCAGCGACACAGUUUUUGAAAUACAGGUUUAAGGAUGGGGUGUUGGCAGCUCACAGAAGAGGAGACCUUCCUGCCGGGACAUGACAUGAUACACUCCCCUGGGAGCCGGCCUCACAUAGCAGCUCUUGUGGAGCUGAGACCUUCUGGCUGAUUCUUAUGACAUAAUCUCUGCGAUUUUACAAAUAAAGGAAAAAUCCCGUAGAAGGUGAUGUCCGCCCUUCUUCAGGAUGUCCUGCUGAUUGCCUGGUGGUGGUGUUGGGGCAGCCAAGGAUGGGCCAGAGGCCUGAGAAGUUCUGCUUGUGCCUGUUUGUUUUCUGCAUCAUUGCUCAUAGGAUUCACGAGAAGAUUCUGGGAUGAGUAAAGGAGUUAAACUUGAUACCUGAUUCUUAGGUAGCCUGGAACAGACAGGAAUAUACCAGACCUAUGUUGAUGUUAAGCCAUAUUCAUAAUAAUGUUGAAGAUCCUCAGAAACCAGGAGCAUUUGAUUUCUGCCUAUCAGUACUGCAAUAUAUAACUGUCAUCAGCAUAGCUUUUAUAAUGUAACACGGGAACUGUGAUUGUUCCUUACAAGAACCCGGGGAGCGGGGAGGAGGGCUAUCAUCUUGGCUCCUUCUGACUCAUUCUGGGAUGUGGAGCAGAUCAUGUGACCUCUCUGACUUUCACGGGGCCAAUGGGGAUAAUCGGGCACAGAUCUUUCUACUUGUGAUGAUUAAACAAGGUUGUUUGGUGUAAAAAGCACAGGUUUGGGAGUCAAACAGACUCGGGUUUGAAUCCAAGUGGGGCCACGCAGCAGCUCGGUGAUCGUGUAUGUAAUUUAAAAUCUUUCUGAAACUCAUUUUUUAAACUUGUAAAAUGGGGUUAUAGAGUUAACGGUAUGAGGUUGUUGGAACAAUUGGAGAUCAUGUGAUAAAGUGCCUAGCAUGCUACCUGGUGCACAGAAGUACAUAUAAGCUAUUAUUACGUGAAGCCAUUUUGGAAAUAUGCUUUUCUAAUGUAAUGUAACGUAGUAUUACUGUUUGAAAAUUAGAUAAUGGUAGUUUGCAUCUCCCGUGAUUGGACGCCAAGAUGUAAAUGCACACUACCUAAGAGAAAGCUUGAAGAGAGGCAGUAAUUUGGAGUUCAUCUUAAGAUAAAAAUUGGGCCAUUACUGGAAAGUCUUGGAGAAGUAAUUUUUUUCCCUAAUAUUUGAAAAAUUUUCCACUUAGUGCAUGGAUGAAUUUCAAACCAAUUUUUUUUUUUUUAA